CGAAAUUUAUUUUCCACUUUCCUUCAAUCCACUUCACUUACUUUUAGUUCCCCCGAAAAUUGCGCAUUUCGAUUUUGGCGAUCAUGCCGUGAAUUUCGAAGAAUCAGUCUCCGUAAAUUGCCUUAUCUACUUGGGCGACUUACCUAUGGAUAUCACAUGGCUUUUUAAUGAUCAACCAAUAAAUAUUUACACGGGUGUUUCUAUUGUGAAGGGCGGUAAAAAGGCUAGUAUUUUGACUAUAGACUCCGUGCAUGCUGGUCAUGCGGGCAAUUAUACGUGCAAGGCGCGCAAUGAUGCAGCUGCGGUGGAGUAUACGGCGGAAUUAAUUGUGAAUGGUGAUUUUUUAUGUUAUUUUCAUUUACUUUUUGCGCGCUGAAUUUGCUUUAAAUUUUGCUUUUAGUAGUUUUUAAUUGGGUUUCGGUUUUACGUAUAUCCAACUCGCAUACACGCAUAAGUGUUGACAUGAAUUUUAUUUGUUAUCGAAGAAUGUGAGCUGUUUUGUAUUUAAGUAUUGCGUCAAAGUUAAAGGAUUCAAAAUUUGUAUGUGCUUACAAAAUUCGCUCGAGAAAAAUGUUGCUGAAUUAAUAAAAACACACCUAAAAGUAGCUGGUUUGGCGAUUUGAAGAUUUUUGUAUUUGGGAUAAGCUGAAUAGCUGUAAAAUAUGUAUGAAUGUAACUUAAGAUAUGAAUUUGCUGGCGCCGUAGCCGAAUGGGUUGGUGGGUGACCAAAAAGGGUUCGAAUCUCCGUGCAUGAAACAGCAAAAUUAUAGAACAAGUUUUGUUCUAAUGCGGGCGCCCCUCAGCAGGCAAUGGUGUACCUUCGAAUGUUUUUCUGCCUUGACAAGGUUUCUCAUAGAAAACCAUCUGUGUGCCGUUCGGAGUCGGCUUAAAACUGUUGAUCCCUCCAUUUCACAGAAGUGUGCGCGCGAAUUAUUUAUUUAUUUUAUUCAUGAAUUGGCUGUACAAAGCUGUGUGAACUUCACUGAGUUUUAACUUUUUGCUUACGGGAAUUUUCCAAGCAACUACUGUUUCAAUAAAAUUUAUGUGUGCUUAUAACUUUUAAAAUACUCUGCUUACACUAAAUCAAAUUUUAUUUAAUUAAAACCAAAUCAGCACCGCCAAAAAUAGCGUUUUUCGACUUUGGUGAAGCACCCGCAAACUUUGAAGACUCCGUCUCUGUGAAUUGCCUUAUUUCUUCGGGUGAUAUGCCGCUUGAUAUCGAGUGGUUGUUCAACGGCGAAGCGGUUAAUUAUUUUGCUGGCGUGAAUGUCAUAAAAGGUGGUAAGCGCACUAGUGUGUUGACUAUCGACUCAGUGCAUGCGGGACACGCGGGAAACUACACUUGUAUUGCACGCAAUAAGGCCGCCACGGAUGUGUACUCAGCACGGCUGAUUGUCAACGGUUACUCGAAUUCGAUUUCUAUUCGCUAUUCUGCUAAUUAUAAUUUUGAGUUUCGAUAUGCUUUUUUCAUUAGUAAUGCUUAUGCCUUUAUUUACUUCCUUCAUUCCAUAAAAGUCCCUCCCAAAAUUACACCUUUCGACUUUGGCGAGGAUCCGGCGAAUGUUGAAGACUCUGUUUCGAUUACUUGCCUCAUUUCCUCCGGUGAUUUACCAAUUGAUAUUGAGUGGCUGUUCAAUGAUUAUGCAAUAAGUUCCUACUCGGGCGUAACUGUUGUGAAAGGUGGCAAGCGCACCAGUAUGCUGACUAUAGACAACGUACAUGCGAGACAUGCUGGAAAAUAUACUUGCAAGGCGAAAAAUUAUGCAGCUGCCGUGAAUGACACAGCUGAAUUAGUAGUUAAUGGUAUAUGCGAUUAAAGCAGAUAAACUAAGUAGCGCUGAAUUGCGCUGAAUAGCUAUUGGUUUUCUUGUAGACUUUUAUAAUUCUCAUUUUUUUUAAAUUUCUUAUCAUAAUUUUCCCUAAUUAUACCUUAACCUUCCCUUCCAUCAUCAGUCUCUCCUAAAAUUGUACCCUUCGAUUUUGGUGAGGUUCCUGCUAAUUUUGAAGACUCUGUCUCAGUGAAUUGCCUCAUUUCCUCCGGCGAUAUGCCUUUAGACAUCGAAUGGUUAUUUAAUGGUGAGCCGGUUAAUUACUUUGCUGGCGUAAAUGUGAUGAAAGGCGGCAAGCGCACAAUUCUGCUAACCAUUGACUCAGUGCAUGCAGGUCAUGCGGGCAACUACAGUUGCAGAGCGCGUAAUAAAGCUGCUACGGACAUGUAUUCAGCACAGCUAA